GGUUAUUGCGACACAGUCUUGUUAAAAAACAAGAAACGUCAGGAGUCUGCUAUAUGGAGCGUGACUGGAGGAACAAACCCUUUAAGAAAGGUGAUGCAGGUUAAUCCUGCUGUGUUUGGAAGUAGUAAUACUACACCUAUAAACAUCAACAUAGCUUUAUUCCUAUCUUUGGCUCUGGAACCAGUUG